CCAGCUAAUAAUCCAACGCUCACAACUAUUAAUCCUAUAGCUAUUCCAAUGUACAGAGUGUUCAAGAUAGUUUUGGGAGGGAAUGUUACGUUUGAAUCUGGUGUACGUGGAGUACAUAAGGAAACCCAUUUAUAUGAAUUGUUUGAAAUGUUGAGGAUGUUUAUUGCUGAAGAAUAA